GUUGACGAGAUAAAACGCGUGUGCACGACAGUUUUGUGACAAGAUCACACACUGCAUCAGUCGGUGAAAACCGAAUAGGGGUGAAUGAUACACGGCCGAUAAAGGAUUGAUUAAUUGGCUCGAGCGGACGGUAGUGGAUUAUAUUCUUGAUUUCCCGUGCAUCUGGUCCAAGAGAUCCGGAUAUGUUUGGAGAGUGUUGAUUGAUAGUUAUCACAGUGGAGAAACUGUCAAUUAAGUGUCGGCUACUGGUAGUGAGCCUAAAAUCACAGUUAAUCUUCGGAUUUGCAUAUACUCGCGUUGGGGAUUGAUUAUUGCAAUGGCGAAGAAGUAUUUCAUAGGGUUCGUGAUAUGGUUCUGCUUUCUGCAACGAACGAGUGCCGAGCAAGCGACUGCUCCCAAUCGUCCAACUAAUUUGGAAGACAUCGAGCGAGAUAAUCUCAAGAAUGAGCGACAUCUGGCCUACACUAAGAAUUCAGUGGCAUCGCAACAAUCACAUGUAUCAUCUUCCCAGGGUGGCAAUCAGUAUUCGUUCCAGAUCGAACAUCAUCCAGGGGGAGCAACUAGUCACGCCGGAUUCAACUACGUGACUCCGAUUCCUUCAAGUCGACAGGCGUCCUAUUUCAAAGAAUAUACACCACAGUUCCCGCAAAAAGUUCCACAGGUUCACGAGGACCACUCAACGUACACCGUACCAUCCCGACAAUCACUGGUCCAGCCCAUAAUCGGAGGCAGUGCACCAACACAAACAUUCCUAACCCCUCAGCCACAGUACGUGUAUGUGCAAGCGCAACCCCAGCAGAUACAGCAAUAUGCGAACCAAAACUUGCCCCAGUCGCCGGCACACGCUCUCCCACAAAACCAACAGGCGUAUAUCAUGGUUCCCACUGCGUACUACCAGCCCCCUCACUCGGCACAACAGUACGCUGCUUUCGUAAACGAUCCAAACAACCAUGUGCAAGUCUACCAACAUGGCGCGACCGCGAACGGUAACUUGCAACAGUUCAACGCUCCGUUAGUCCAGCAAGCUCCUAUAAAAUCGCACGGAAUCGUGUAUGCCCAACCGGCACCUGCGCCUCCACGACAACAGUCUCCGUCUGCGGAAUACUCCGUUAUCAAGAGUGUUGAGCCUCAGAUGUACCUAUCCAACAAUCACCUACCGUCGCCAUCCGGUAUUCAAUACAGUCACUCUCCUGCCAAACCAGCCAUUCAAAUCCAUCAAGAAACUCAAACGUCAUACCCCUCGUUAUCCCAUCCAAAUAAUGGAAUCCUAAACUAUCUGGGUGUGCAACACAAAUCACCAACGAGCCUUUUGGAUUCCUACGUACCAAGUGGCCUUCAGGUGUCGCCUGCGAAACCCUAUGCGUAUCCCAAAUAUAUACCACACUAUCAGCCCCAAAAUCUUAACCACUAUCAGCCACAACUAUUCUACCAACCGCCGCAUCAAGCGACUCCCCACUCACCCUAUCCAUCGUAUGUUCCCCACGGCGCGGCACCAGCGCAGUUUCCGGCUGCCCAGGGCUACAACACAAUCGCAUACUCCGUUCCGCUCUCAUUUUCCAAACCAGUUUCUCAAUACAAGCGAUCACCAAUGCUGGAAUCGGUGUUCUCCGUGAAACAAUCCAGCCCUAAAGCCGUCUCAUCUGCCGUCACCAGUACGAAGCUACAACCGUCAACUAAACAAAUUUAGGACUAAACCUAGGCAGGACAUUUCUUGCUCAAAGCGUUACUCGAUUUCGAUCAAUUCCUGGAAGUGUGCUAAUUUAUACCCAUAGGAUAUAACAAUAGCGAUUAAGGUCCAACAUGUGAGAAACGCUGAUUUGCUAUACGCGGUUGAAUGCUUAGCCGGUGAACAGUGGAUCGUACUAGUAUACAAAAGUCCAUGUUUGAAAAGCUUACAGUGAUCCGUUGAUUUUAAUUUUGUUUUAUUGUA